CACCCUCAUCGAAAGGAGGGAGAGGGAAAUGUAAAAGGGUAUUAAUACCCGUCGGAGGCGGAGGUGGGGGACUUGAAAGAGCCGUUCAAGCGGGCUUAGUACCAUUCCGGAGCAUGUUCUCGAGCGAGUACCAGUACCAGUACGUCCACCCGGGCCAGGGGUACCACCAAGGGAAGGAACGCCGUCAACAGCCGAAGAGGAAGCGUUCCACGGACUUCUCGACGGACGAGCUUAACAGCCAGCGUCUCAUGGCGAACGUGAGGGAAAGGCAGAGGACCCAGAGCUUGAACGAAGCUUUCGCAGCACUCAGGAAGAUAAUACCGACCCUGCCGUCGGACAAGCUCUCGAAGAUACAGACGCUCAAGCUGGCCGCGAGGUACAUAGACUUCCUCUACAGGAUACUGCAGGAGCCGCAGAUCAAAGUCGAAGACGAGACAGCUUUGCCGGAAAAAGCUGACAGACUCGACGAGACGGAUGACGACAUGAACUGCUACUUGCCACACGAAAGGCUCAGCUACGCGUUUUCGGUCUGGCGGAUGGAAGGAGAAUGGAGCCAGCAGUGACAUCCCCGAAAAAAAACCACCCCUACAGGAUUUCACCCCGCCCCGUUUUUGUAAAUAUCCAGGCAUUCCUCGGGAAAAAAAUGAGAAUAUUGUUCAAAAAAAUUUUUUUACGAAAAAAAUCUUAUCCAAUAUAGAUGAUAUAUAAAUA